AUGAGAGUUGCUUCAUUUGUCAACCACUUGGAAUUUGAGUUUGAAGGGAAUAUCAACAAGAAUGCCAUCUGCCUUGGUGAUGUAGACAAUGAUGGGCAGAAUGAGUUGGUGGUUGGGAAUGAAAAUGGCUUGCUUGCCAUUUUUAAGGGAGAAAAUUCCAAACCUGUGCGUGUUGGAAAUGAUCUUGGCAUGAUAUCAGCCAUUGCAGUUGGUGACUUGUUCAAUUCAGGAAGAAAUGUUCUGGUGGUUGUGACAGGAUGUGGCUACUGUUACAUCUAUGACUUUGAAGAUGAUCACUUAGGGGAAUCUCCUGAGAAGAAGAUUUUGCAGCCUAUUCAUGCCCAAAGGAUCCCAGCUAAUGUGAAAGUCAUGCUGAUAGGUGAUGUCAAUGGGGAUGGAUUCUCAGAGAUGGUGGUUGCCCUCACCGACCGUGUUGUGCGCACCUACCGUUGGGUGAACUGUGGGGAUGUUGUUGGGGGCAAACCAUAUGGUAAGCUUAUUGGACUUAAUAAAUGGGAAUUAGCUGAUCAGAUUGGGAGCAUAACAUUUAAUAAUUGUCCUGAUGGAACACCUUCACUCUUGGUUGCACAACCAGGAGGUACAUAUUUUACUCUGAGAGUACAGCCAGUUGGCCAGUAUAAUGAAAUGGAUCCUUUUGAUGAGAACAUGCCAGAAUUGUUGACUAAAAUGUCCCUUGAUUAUGAACCACUAGCAUCAGCUAGACUGCGCAACCCAAACAUCCAUACAGAAAUAUGUGGAAACAUAAGACUUGGCAAGAUGAGACCCAGUUCCUACGGCAGUGAGGGGGACAUGCCCGACCAUGUAAAGGCAGUUCGAUCUAAUAGUGAUGGUGGGGAGGUUACAACUUAUGAGAUCUCAAGCAACUUUGGGUCCAGCCAGGCAAGGUCCAGCACGGACACAGAUGAGGGUUCUACCUACGAAAUGUGCUGCAACAUUCGAUCGGGCCGGGCAGAGUCUGGGAGCGAUGCAGAUGGUGCUGCAGGAGAGACCUUUGGCUAUGCUUUGGCUACCUUGGAUGGGACAUUGACACUUUUGAACAAUGGGAAGAUACAGUGGAAUUUACAAGUGGAUCAUCAACUUUUUGCAGUCUGUAAACUUGAUGUCACAGGAAAUGGAAGGGAUGAAGUCAUUGCCUGUGCAUGGGAUGGAAACACUUACAUUGUAUGUCAUAACACGGACUGUGUUAGAUAUACUUUUCCUGAACCUGUAAAUGCAUUUGUAGCUGGUCACUAUGGCCUUCAUGGAAAACAGGUACCAUGUUUGAUUUAUGCUACAUUUAACAACUGCAUAUAUCUCUACCACGACAUCACAUUGCCACACAUUGUGACCAGAACCAUCGUGGAAGUGUUGAAAAAGGAGCCAAAGUACCAUCAGCUCCUGGAAAAGCUGAACGUCAGUGCUCAAGACACUGCAAAACUUAAGGAACUCAACCAUAUUCUAUUGUAUGGCAGAUUGCAAUGAACUGAAUUCUUUGUUGGUUUAUAGAGAUCGGAGAGAGAAGGAUACUUUGUAUGUCUGCGGAGGACCAGCGGAGAGAAUCGGUAUUUUCUUACAGUAUGCCAAGCUGUAACAGUAAGGUUUUGCGGUCUUAUUGCGAAGCUUCGUCUUUGUUUUGUACAAGGAUGAGUUUCUCAGGGUUAGAUUGUUGAUCUACUGAUUCUUUUGAUCAUUCUUAUGGAUAUUUUUUUUGUGGUUUGCAUUAACUACUGAACUUGAAUUUUUUGUAAAAUAAACAUGAAAAUAGAUGCAUCUAAAACUAUGA